AUGGCCUCCUACUAUCGCGAUACCUACGACUCGUCACGGUCUCGACAGACACGCAGUAAUAACGAUGAAGGGUAUUUGAAGCCCACAGCGCCGAGGGUGGGGACUAGCGACUCAAGGCGAAGAGUCGGUGAGACCGCCUCAGAAGGCCAGAACAGGAGGGACCACUACAGUCAACGCUCGCCCAAUCGAUCCAACAGAUACUCCUACGAUGGCUACGACACGCGGUACGACUACCCACCACCUCUUCCUCUAGACACUGGUCUACCGACCCGAGAACGAUCCCGCAUUCGAAAGCGGCGGUCAUGGCCCCCACGACCCACAUGUGAGGAUGAAGUAACAUCACUCAAGAAAGAGGCUGGUUCACGAAGGCUGCUGGCGGAGCUUAGGAAAGAUGAGAUCCCGUCGCGAGGAACAAUCGACCAGGAACCAAUGGUGGAGGAUGUCCCCGAGUUUCUCAACAGAGAUGAACGGCGAUUUGUUGUGCGUGAAGGGGGAGGAGCUACAGGUCAGCCAACGCCUCCUACCAGCGAGGAUGAAAAGGCUCGUCGUAGGGCAAGGCGGCGGCCGUCCAAGCUCGAAAUGAAUUUCAAGAACCUCAACAACAGCGUGCCGGAGAUUCUCAACAAGCGGACAUCCUCGCCGUAUGCCUUCUCCAAGCAACCGCACACGCCCAAGGAGGAGGUACUGGGUACCAGGUUCCUGUCACCCGACGACAUCACCAGUCCACCGCCAACAGAGUCUAACAGACGCCGACGGAUGACCGGGAGCAAAUCGCAGCCGGCGUCACCGAGGCGAGACUCGGCCAGGUAUAGCAUGAACUCGAGGCCUGAGACUGACUACUUUUCGUUGGCCUCUGAAAGUGCCAUCGACGAAGACGACUUCUACGAAGCGAAGCUGAGACCUAGAGAAAAGCCGGCAACAUAUCCUCCUUCUCGUGACGUCCCUAACAGCAGUCCCCAAACGUCUGUGGUCGAUUUUGCACCCGCGGCACCACCACCAAGUUCUAUUCCCAUCAGGAGGCGUAAUUUGGAUGCGCGCCGGAAUACAGACACGGAGACCACUCUUCCCACGCUGCAACGAGUGAAUGGUGACAAAGCACGACGCCCAACGCCGCUUGCAGCAACCGCAGCUCUUGGUGGUCUUGGAGUGGCCGCGGCUUCCAGCCUCUCUGCAGAUGAACAGUCCAGGCCGAGAUCUCGGGACUCUAGCUACGGCCAUCCUCGCGGCCCAUCACCUGCAGGUAGCGCUGUGAGUGCAACAGAAGCACAAGCAAUGCAGAGAUCUCGAAUGAGCGCAGAGUUUUCGAGAGACGACGACUAUCACGAACCACUCACAAGGACAUCCUCCGUCUCGAGCUCAAGGCCUCAAUCUCCUUCACCCCGUACACCAGGCGAUCCGCCUCGGAUACCAAAGUCUGACCUGGACUGGAGCACUUUGCUUGCCGCUAAUGCGUCUCGGCGAGCGAAAGCUCCUUCGUGCCUGUCUAUGGAAGUGCAGCAAGAAGCCCUCCCACGCCAGCGAGGGCACAUGAGACAGAGCUCAGCGACGACCCGUGUGGACAGUCUUCCGUACCCCGUCGAUGAUGGGCCCAUGAGUCCAUCGGUAUGGAUGCCAUCAGAGAGAAGCCACCAAUACUUCCCAGAGUCCCGGCCAGGCACGCAAAUGCCGAUGAUGCAGGAGCCCAAGAGUUUUCUUCGAUCAGCUGAACCAGCGCCCAGCAGCAGUUCUUAUUCAUCAGCCAGCACGACCCGAGCACCAACACGGCCGUCGUUCCCUACCCGUCACUCAACCGCUGAACUUCCGCAGACGCAGACGACAAAGAAAUCGCAGCCUGAUAGGCCACGUGCCAACGAAAGUAGGCGGACCUCACAGCUUGUCUCCUCACAAACGCAGAAGGAUAUCCAGGCUCUCCUGAAGAAGCCCUUGCCAUCAUGUGCACGACUAAAACCAGUCAGAAGCUACUCGGACUGGUACACAUUGGUUGGUGCGCCUAGCUUAGACUUCUGCCCUGAUUGCGUCGCGGAUGUCUUCGAUCGGACGUUGUAUCGGAACAGCUUCCGCCGCUCCCCGCCCAGGAAUCUUGACACGCCGGUUCAAUGCGCUCUUGGAGGCAUGCCGUGGAUCCGACUUGCGUGGCUGUUCACUUUACAGCAACAGCGAACGGAUCUUCGUCUGCUCGAAGACCUGGCAGAAGUCGAAGAGACCAGCACACCGUGUCCCGGCGACAAGCUCGGAUCGCGGACAUGGUACGGUCUCAGAGACGCAGACGGCUACUUUGUCAAAGACUUCCGGAUCUGCUACAGCGACGUCCGGAAGAUCGAGUCGCUACUCCCAACCUUGAGCGGCAUGUUCGUGCGGCUGCCCCAGCGAAACGCGGACGAGCAACACCUCUGCGCGAUCCGGCCUGAAGGCAACCGCUUUUCCAUCUACAUCGACGCCCUCAUCUCCACGCACGAGAAAGCGCUCGCGGCCCGCUCAACUCCCAACCCGGGCCCCUUCAUCAGCCUCGUCCGGUGGCGCGCUCAGCUGCAGGAAUGCACGAAAGACAUGCUGAUCAAGAAAGGGCUGUGGCACUACAUGCCCGGCCUGGAAGAAUUCACCAUCUGCGAAGACUGCUUUGCCACCAUCGUCGAGCCCGAAAUCGAGCGCUCCUCCGACCUCGCCACCCGCUUCCACCGCACCAUCCAGCCCGUCUACGGCGAAGGCAUCGGCGUCAGCUGCCAGCUCUACUCGCCGCGCAUGCGGAAAGUCUUCAAACGCGCCGUGCAGGAAAAGGACCUGAAAUAUUUGACCCGCAAAGCGAGGGAGCGAAGGGAGGCGGAGUUGAGGUUGCAGGAGCGGUAUCGGGUUUUGGUGGAGAAGGCGAAGAGGGUUAGUUGGGGUAGUGUGGAGGAGGGACGGUUGGAGAGGGAGAGGACGCGGAUUAUGGAGGAGUGGAGGGAUGAGUGGGAGUGA